UGACAGUUGCGGAGCAGCGGAGGCCCGUCGACCGCCACCGCCACCGCACCCCCACCCUCCGCACAGCCAGCAGGGCAAGCUGGCUCAGCACUGUCGGCUGCCAGCGGUGGCUGGGCGCUGGGCUGCCAGUCAGCCAGUCAGUCGUUCAGUGUCAGUCGAGAGACGUGCUGGUCUAGUUCCAGGCCGGUCGCCGGCACGGCCGCACGCGUACGUCUGCUGUUUCGCGUGCCCGGUGCAGUGCAGUGCCCAGCGUCGACUCUUAUCGCGUGCCUCGCGUGUGUGUCCUUCAAGUUAGCGAUAACCAUCUUGCAGCAAGUGAUUGGGACGAUUUGGAUUAGGCAGCGCGACGCCGCGCGGCGCGGAGAUGGACUUCAGCGCCAGCGGCUACGGCUACUGCUACGACAGCUUCAACAUCAACAAUAACAACAACAGCAACAGCUUGGCCUACUUGAACUGCUACUGGCCCGGAGUCACCCCACUGGCGUCAGCGGGUUGCUUCCCGACAUGGCACAUUCCACAGAUGGGUGGCCUAGCGGACCCGGGCAAGCCGCCAGCCGUGAACAUGACGCCGACCCCGGCCGCGCCGGAGCACGGCGAGCACGGCGAGCUCGGCCUUCCCUCCACCGAGGGCAUCGCAUGCAACGCGGCGCCCAAGGGCGAGGGCGAGGCCUUCCCGCUGACCAGCGUGCCGCAGGGCUUCAAGAACCAGGACCAGGACGAGAGCCACUGCCUCUUGAGGACAAGCCGCGGCCUCGGCGUGGCGGUGCAGUACACCGAGGUGCCGAGACCGGCCGCAGGCCCCGACGGCGCCCCAGGUAACCGCCUGUUCGAGGCCCUGACCCAGCAGCUGACGGGGUGCUCGCCGCUCCGCGGCCACCUCUUCCCGCGCGUCGUGCUGUUCCGGCAGCGCAUCGGGAAGCACCUCGCCGCCCGCCGCGCCGCCUACCUGGAGCACCUGCUCGACGCCGUGCUCACGAACCAGGAUCACUACCCGCCGCUCCGGUUCGCGGACGCGAGCGGCGUGCCCAACGCGGAGGCCAUGAUGUUGGCGUACAUCGCCGACGUCGACUCCUUGGUCGAGCAGCGCCAUUUCGGCACGGAGGUGAUCCAGGCGUGCGCCGACCUGGAGGCCGUCAACGUGGUCGUCUUGAGCGAGGCCGGCGAGGACCUUUGGGCACAGAAGGUGGAGCCCGACGGGGUGCUGGCGCGCCGCACGCUGUGCGUCUACAAGGGUGCCGACGGCCAGUACGGCAGCGUGCUGCGGAUAACUGACGACGACGGGGACCUGCCGCCGACGCCGCCGCCCGCACCUUCCUCAACGGCGCCGCCGCUGCCGCGGACAGCACCGCCCCCAACACCCUCGCCGCCACCAACACCCUCGCCGCCCUCAACACCCUCGCCGCCCUCAACACCCUCAGCCGCCUCAACAGCCUCAGCACCCUCAACAGCCUCACCGCCGUCAACAGCCUCGCCGCCAACAACGCCCUCGCCGCCACGCACCACGCCCCCUCCGCGUUCCCCGUCCCCUGCGAUGCCGCCCUCGCCGAAGGAGGCCGCCGCCGCGUCCGGCUCGCCAUCCCUCCCGCAAGACUGCCUCGCUGCCGUUCCCUUCGCGGCCGUGGUGAAGACGGAGCCCCGCGACGAAGAGGACGACGCCGCCAUCAACGCAGCGGGAAACACCGUGGUGGUGGUGAAGACAGAGCCCCGCGACGAAGAGGAUGGCCCGGCGGAAAGCACCGCGGUGGUGGUGAAGACAGAGCCCCGCGACGAAGAACAUGGCCCAGCGGAGACCAAGAGCAUCCCGAAGGAGCGGAGCGAGAGGUACCACUCAAGUGAAGCAGACAAGUGUCAAAGCGAAAGCGAAGCCACGCCUGGAAUCGGCGAAGAAAGUCUUGCUCAAUCUGAAUCGGUGGGCGAGGACAAGACCGACUCCGGUGCGAUUGCUCAAUGUGAGGACGCCACAAGCAACGCAAGUGCGAUAGGUGGCCGUGGAGGGCACGAAUCUUGUUCUGAGGGCUUAAAGGACCAGAGUUUGAGUGUGGCCUUGGAGCGCAGGUGUGACUCCAGUGAGACUGAUAAGUGCUCUGGGGGCGUAAGUGACCAAAGUGAAAGUGCGGUGGUUGAGAAGUGUCCUGAGGUUCGGAGUGACGCCAGUUUGCUUGCCGAGGGUGCCAAGGGCUCAUGCACUGUAAGCUCAGACAGUCGUGGCGAAGACACGACCGUGUCCAGUGUGGCUGACAAUUGUACUGAGUGCCUAAGCUACAGAUACCGUUCUGACGGCACCCGCACCGUGAUAGACAUUUGUCCAGACGACAGAUUCAACGUGAGGGCUGCAAGGGCUGCGCACGAGGACAGCGCUACUCCCAGUGUGGGUGAAGGGGGCGGCGAGGGGGCAGCUGCACGCAGCCAAAGUGCAAAUGAAAGUGGUUUCAACGAAAGUGACAGUGCCGUCUCAGAGCAGCCCGCCACUCCAGCCGGCGGCAGAGACCCGGAUGAUGACGAUGAUGACGUCGACGACGAAGACGACGUGAACAAGAAGCUCGAGCUGGUGCUGCGCGGCCUCAUGGACUUCGUGGAGAGCUCGGACGACGACGGCUGCGUCGACUUGGCGGCCCUGGCGGAGGCCGAGGAGAGCGUCACCAGUGUGGAGGACAGAGCCAAGGUGGCCGUCAAGCACGCCGACGCAGAGGUCGACAACCUGGGCAAGCGUUUGGAAGCCAAGGCUCGGCGCCCGGGCCGCGUCCCGGUACUUCCCCCGGACCCGCCUGCCGCUGCCGCAACCACCACCUCCACCCUCGCGGCCUCCAUCAAGCGAACCGCCCGGCUGGCGUACUCCGCUGCGAUCUCGCCGAUGAAGACCACCCGCGUCAUGCAGACGAGGUACAAGCUCGUCAACGCCCCCUCCAUCGGCCCGGCCAGGGAUGCAGGAAGCUCGCCAGCCCCCAGCAUCAGCCUCAAGAAGCCCCUCAGCGCGAAGCCGAAGCAGACCGCCGCCAGCAAGAAGCAGAAAGUGGCUGCGAAGGGGCGCGGCACCGCCACCGCGACUCCGACGCCGUCCUCGGAGGCCCCGACAGCGGGGCCCGCGGACGCCGCGCUGCUGUCGCGCCUGUCCGGCGGGGCAGAGGCCAACGCCACGCUGAAGCCGUGGUUGAAGCCGUGGCUGAAGCUGGCCACGUGGAGGGUGAACCCGCUGCCGCACCACGUGCACACCUUCGGGGGCAGCAUCCUGCUCAAGCACAUGCGGCAGCACGGCAUCGCCGUCGUCGCCCUGCACGGCGUGGCCCGCGCCGGCUGGGCCGCCGGGGCCAAGUUCAAGGACUUCGAGGGCCUCCGGGUGCUGUGGAGCGGCCCUCCCGAACAGCCCUCCUCGGGCUUCGCGGUGCGCAGGAGCGCGCUGGACAAGGACAGCUUCACGUCGGUGGGCUCGGUCUCGCGGCUGCUGCUCCGCUCCAAGACCGUCAAGGCCAGGGACACUUGCGUCGUGUGCGCCAACGCGCCCCCGCCGCAGGCCGAGGCCGCGGCGCCAGGGCAGUUCUUCCAGGACCUCUGUCGCGUGCUGGAGGCCGUCCCUGGCGACGCCAUGCUCGUCGUCGUGGGGGACUUCGGCCACGCGGGGCGACUCGCCGAGCUGGCCCAGCGGUUCGACCUGGAGCACCGCACCAUCCUGGCCACGACCACCACCUUGGGCACCAUGGAGAGCAUGCAGGCCGCCAACCACUCCAAGGUCGCCCACAUCGAGAACCUCCUCAUUCGAAGGUCGCGCGGCCAGUCGGUGCGCUUCUUCUCCACGGUGCAGUCCGUGAAGGCCGGCAAGAAGGCCGUCCAGCGCACCGUGCACAGCACCGCCGUCGUGCAGAUCGACGUCGCCCGGGAAAGCGGCACGGCGACCGGCACGGCGACCGGCAACCCGUCCAACCAGACCCUCACGGCCGGCAAGAGGAAGAGGACUGAAUCGGAACACAGCCAACACGGUGCGCCGAGUGCCAAACGGAGUGUAGGACAGGUGUGCAAAAGCUAGCAGAGCCGCUUUGGCCGUGCUAGGGAAGUCCGCGCGGAGUGUGGAGGUAGUGUAGGGAAAUGUAAGGUUGUGAUCGUCGAGUUGAGCGGCCUCUAGUUGUAAUAAAUUAUGUAAUGCCGCUCUGCUGCACGACGCAGUGAUACUCGAGGUGAUACUAGUUGUAAGAUGCAAACUGUAACAUUCGACCUGUAAUGGCAUACUGUAUGUAUAUGCGUGUGUGUAAAUGUCUUUGUGUACAUAAAUAUUGUACGUCUAAUUUUGAUUUCUGCAUUUGGUCCUGUACAGGCGUUUGACGUUUAUAUGUGUAUAUAUGUAAGUAAAAGCUCUUUCCUUCA